AUGCCCGGUGGGAAACGUGCAAAAAAAACAGCAUCUUACAAGGAUCAAAAUGAUGAUGAUGAUUUUAUUUCAGCUGGAGAAAUUAGUAAAAAAACGCGUAGUACUAAAUCAAAUGAUCAACCUACAGAAUCAAAUUCUUCAAGUCGACAAACAACACGAAAACGAAAAGAAAAAUUAUCAAAAACUGAACAAGAAGAACUUGAUUUAGCACUCAAACUUUCGAACGAAAUCGUACAAAUGAAAGAAGUAUCUAUUGAAAUUCCGAUUAUGGACGAUGUCAAUGAGAAUAUAAGUAAUACAUCAACAGUAUCAAGUAAGAGUAAGAAAAAUAAAAAAACAACAAGUAAAGAAAUUGAUGCAUACGAAGAAAAUUCAUUGCCGAAAACAAAACGAAUGAAAGUAGAAGAAGACGAAGAGAAUAUUGAUGAAAAACAAUCUGAAAAUGAAGAGGAAGAAGAAGUAGAAGACGAAAACGAAGAAGAAGAAGAAGAAGAAAAAACAGAACCACAGAAACGAGUGACUCGUAAAAUAGAAGCGACCAAAAAGGAUGCAGAAAUGCCAACAGUAAAAUCAAUUGAACAGAACUUAUCUCGAUCAAUGACACGAGACCAACAAAAAGCUCCAGUUUCAACAAUUGAUCUUUCAAACAAGAAACCUAACGCACCCGUAGGUUUUCCUACAAGUAAAAUAAUUAUUCCGUCAGUUCAAGCAUCACGGGUUGGUUUAUCACGUAAGGCUUCUACGAUAAAACCUCUUCAUCCUAAUCUUAAUCAACGUACUGUUCAUGAAUAA